UCACAAAACCAUCAACCUAGCACACAGCAACUUGCUUUACAUUGCUGCAAACAUGGGCCUCGUGCACGCACUCCUCCCCUUCGCAGCAGCAGCAGCAUUGCUGCUCCUCGCCGCGCCGCCGCCGGCGACGGCCGACGACCCGGGCCUCGCCGUCUACUGGGGCCGCCACAAGGAGGAGGGCUCACUGAGAGAGGCCUGCGACACCGGCCGCUACACCACCGUCAUCAUCACCUUCUACAACGCCUUCGGCCACGGCCGCUACUCCCUCGACAUCUCCGGCCACCCGCUCGCCGCCGUCGGCGCCGACAUCAAGCACUGCCAGUCCAGGGGCAUCACCGUGCUCCUCUCAAUCGGCGGCCAGGGCGGCGCCUACUCCCUCCCCACCAACGCCUCCGCCGCCGACGUCGCCGACAACCUCUGGAACGCCUACCUCGGCGGCCACCGCGCCGGGGUGGCGCGCCCCUUCGGCGACGACGCGGCGGUGGACGGCAUCGACUUCUUCAUCGACCAGGGCGGCGCCGACCACUACGACGACCUCGCCCGGCGGCUCGACGGCUACAACAAGUACUACCGGGGCAGGGUCGGCGUGCUCUUGACGGCGACGACGAGGUGCUCGUACCCGGACCACCGGCUGGAGAAGGCGCUGGCGACGGGGGUGUUCGCGCGCAUCCAUGUGAGGAUGUUCGGUGACGAGCAGUGCACCAUGUCGCCGAGGUACUCGUGGGAGAAGUGGGCGGCGGCGUUCCCCGGCAGCAAGGUGUACAUCGGGCUGGUGGCGUCGCCGGAGCAGGACAGCGCGUGGAUGUUUCAGAAGGAUCUCUACUACGAGAUGCUGCAGUUCGUCAGGUCGCUGCCCAACUAUGGUGGCUUGGCCAUCUAUGACAGGUACUUCGACAAGAAGGCCAACUACACUGGUGAGGGUUAAUUAGCUAGUGAUCAUCGUCUUUGCUGUCUGAAGUGAAGACUAGAUUUUUACCAUUAUGUAAAAGAUCUGAAUAAAGACACCUCUUUUUUCUGUAACAUUGUGAUUUUGAUGUACUUCAAUAAUGGACGAAUAAAAUGAGGUCUCAAAAGCUAUGUUGGCAUCCCUCCAAAAAAAAAAAGGAAAGAAGGUUAUGUAUGGAUCAGAUCUCAAAUAAUGCUUAAUAAAUUAAUCAUCACUGGCUGUAAUA